CCCACACCCACCAGGUUCUGCUUGCCCAAGCCCCAAGGCUCACCUUCCUCGCAGUCGCUGCACCCAAAAAUCUCUCGGCUUCUGACAAGCACCCCGGUCCCCGCCGCUUCCGUAGGCCGGCUUGGGCAGUCUUGGUACCUUUCCGCUGUGUCUUGGGUGUCCUUGGUACUUGUCACUCCACACACUUUUCGUUCAAAGAUGGAUUUCCAAGAGUCCAAAGGUCCAGAGCGACUUUGUCCCAAAGCUCGGCCUCCAUCUGCAAAACUCUUGGGACCGUGGACCUUGUCUCUUGUCUUGUCUCCGUUCUCACUCUAUCCCGUCUCUGCCUUACCUUAACCUACUUUGCCUUGCCCUGCCGCUUUGCCCGCCUGUUCCGCUGCCUCAUCAUACAUAUCAAUCUAGUCAUCCACACUUUCCGUAACUUUGUCGCCUGUCCCAUUCCCUUUUGACCUCCUCCCCUCCCUCUCCAAAAUACCUGCUCCCUCCAACAUCCUUUGGUUGCUCGUUGAUUAUUCACCUAUUUCCUCCCUCUCCUCCGGUGACGACCAACCAGCUCGCCGAUACUCGAAGCAUUAGUGGAAUUAGGAAUUUUAGGGAUUCCAACAGGACGGUUCACUGCGACGUGACGUAGCUGGGUCAGCGAGCAAGACAGAUUCCAAGACAACACACACAACGCCUGCUGGAUGGUUCGGUUUUAGUCAGAAACGGAAAGUCGACGCAUCCCCGGUAGAAGACCAACUCGCCCUUUGGUCCUCUUUACCGUCACCUAUUACACCUUCCAACUUCGCCCAUCGCAUUGCGUCGCGAUUCUCGACUUCCUUCCCCUCCGAGGGCAUCAGUAGCCAUGCAGGACUUCAGCACUUUCCUAAAAGGAAAGCCCACGCUGCCAUCUCUAUGGACCGGUAACCUCAACUUCGCCAAGCUCAACCCCAUCCCCCACCGAUACCGACCCAGCCGAGCAAAGAGAAAUCAGAAGAAGCGCGCAUCUGGAAACUACGCUGGUGCCGAAGAUGUCACUUCACUGCAAAAGUCUCUCAACCCUCUCGACACAUUACGGAAACUGCAAAAUCACAAGUGGCGCCUGCUCGACCUGCAGUACACGAUCCUCAUCGCCCUCAUCAUCUUCUCGCUCUGCAUUACGCCCUCAGCGCCACUAAUCAAGACCCUCGCCGUCACUGGGGGUCUCUUGCUUUUGACGAUACCCGUCACCAGCCAGUUCUUCUUCCCAGGAUUGAGUAUAUGGGCAUACCUCAUCUAUUUCUUUUGUAGCCGCUUCAUUGAUGCGAAAUACCGCCCCCACAUCUGGGUUCGCGUCCUCCCCGCCCUCGAGAACGUCCUCUACGGUGCCAACCUAUCCAACAUUUUGUCCGCUCACACUCAUCCGGUUCUCGACAUUCUCGCCUGGAUCCCGUACGGACUUGGCCACUUUGGCGCUCCCUUUAUCUGCGCUGGCUUCCUCUUCCUCUUUGCCGCUCCCAAGACGCUUCCGAUUUUCGCCAAGUGCUUCGGAUGGCUAAACGUUCUCGGCGUCACCAUCCAGCUCGUCUUCCCCUGCACUCCUCCGUGGUACGAGAACGAGCAUGGCCUCGCCCCAGCUGCGUACGGCAUGUCCGGAUCCCCCGCUGGCCUGGCCCGCAUUGACGCUAUCCUCGGCAUCGAUAUGUACACCACCAGCUUCUCGACCGCUCCAGUUCCUUUUGGCGCUUUCCCGUCGCUGCACGCUGCGGACGCCGUCAUGGAGGCUCUCAUUCUGAGCUACUGCUUCCCCCGCUUCCGCCCUCUGUUCGUCAUUUACGUUGGAUGGAUCUGGUGGGCAACCAUGUACCUCAACCACCACUACGCGGUCGAUCUGGUUGGCGGCUCUUUGCUCUCGGCUGGAAUUUUCUACUUCGCCAAAGCCCGAUACCUUCCUCAGCAGCAGGCUGACAAGAAGACUCGCUGGGAGUACGACUACGUUGAGAUUGGCGAGCAGACCAAGGUUUUCGACGAGGAGUACGGACGGAUGUAUAACAUGGGAUACCUUCAGCGCCGAGGCAGCUCCGACAGCGAUGAGUGGACAGUUGGUAGCAGCUCCAGCUAUAGUACAUCCAGCCGGGGUAGCGGAAGUUUGAGUCCCGCCCUUUCCGAAGAAUCCGGUCGCAGCAUUUUCAGUAUCGAGAUCAGACCCGACAACGACAGAUACGAAAUUCCCCAGCUCACAGAGGUGGCUGUGCAGUAAACACCUUUCGUCACACGCGCAGACCUAUCCAGAAACACGAUGAACAAAGCACGUAGUGCCGCGAAUCCGAAAGGCGGCGACGCUCGAUCAACCCUGCAGCGUGCACUGGGAACCCUCGGACGAUUCUUCGAAACCAUGAACCCAAACACCCCCCUUAACCAAUACCUCUUUAUUCGAUUCUCAUCAGCACUUUUUUUUCACUCAAAACGGAUACCACUUUGGAUUACCUGUACCAUUUGCAUCAGAAGCACAGCAACGGCGCAACAGUGGUUUAUUUUGCAAACGACAGAAACAGCCGGAGACACAACGAUCUCGACAGGCUUAGGAGUAACGGCCUCAUGGAUGACCACAGCAGCAGAAGAAAGACCCACGGAGUCGGGGAAGGGGCAGCAACGGAAGAGAUGGGGGACAUGAGAUGAUAUAGAGUCCCCCCGUACAUAUUAAUGUGUUCAAUGUCGAGAUCAAUCUCUAUAUCGUCUGGCAUCUAGCCAGGAUGGGAUGGAGGUUGAUCUCUGGCGCCCGACCAGCAGGAAGGCGGGCCCUAUGUAAUGUGGAGGCACGAAGGGGAAGAGUAUACCACGAGUAGAGGUAGAGCAGUCGCUACUGAAGUAGUAGAUGAGGGAAGAAAGAAUGACGAGAUU